GUAGUUUCACUAGUUUGGUUCACAAACCGUUGGGAUGAUCUUAUAAUUACCAGACGAAAUGUUACCGCUUCUAGAGAUUCUACUAAACUGUUGGGGUAUUUCGGAAUUUCUACUUUUUCUGGCAUUAGUCUCCGAUGUUCGUCCCUUCGAGUUCCCAGCCCAGAAAACUCGACCAACACUCCCCCCAAAGUCAAAAGCCCAUAGCCAAGAAGGCAAGAAACUUCUGAGACUUCUUUGCAAGGGCAGAGAUAAAUUCUUUGUUGGUUCCAGGUUUUAACGUGCAUAGAUGGUCGAUGAUCGUUUCACAUUGAAUUUCACCAUUUUUUUUUCUCGCUGCGGAUAUUAAUAAGCUGACCAUCAUCUAGGCUAUUUCACCCUUUCAAAUUCUAAUCUGGGUAAGACGUCAUUGUUCCAUUCUCAUCAAACAUAGGCUGAACUUUAUGUAGAAGAAUCAGAAAUUGUAUUGUUUUUCAUUUUUCUAGCAGAAUUCACAUCUGGAUGCACUUAUUUUGUCAGUUUUCUAGCAUUUCUGAAGAGAAUUUAAUAUUCCCGAAGCAGAAGAAAUCCGUUAGUCAUUAGCACUUUCUCCCUAAAAUCUCGUCUGGGUAUUGCUUGGUUCCUCCGUUUUCGGUGACAAUAUAGAAUAGAUUCAAUGCUAUAAUGAAUACCCAAUCAUUUGGGCCAGGGAGUCCCAGGUCCUUCCCUGCUUACCCAAGAGGGGACUUCGAUUUAGAAUCCGGAAUCGCCCGAAAAAUCCGAAAACAAAAGAGUUCUCUAUCAGAUCCAAUGAAAAUGUUUAAAUCGAUUGGCAGUAGCCUUCAGUACUAUUACAAGUUGCAUCCACUUGUGGUUUUCUUUAUUUCACUGUCAUUUGGGGUGACCGUUUUGAUCAUUCUGUCCGUGUAUGAGAGCCGGUACCGAAUCGUGAAUGCUCCAAGGAAGUUUGAUAUGAGAUUUGAAUCAUAUCCCUUUGCAAAGCUUCAAAAUCUCGUAAUGGUUGCUGGCCAUUCAGUCUAUACGAGUAGCAGUUGUGGGAAGGCUGAUCAGGAGGAUUCAUGGUACCUGGAAUCUUAUCAGAAGAAUCCAGGCCAAGCUGCUACUUUCCUGGAUCAUAUAAAGGAGGGAGUUGAGAUUGCGGCCAAAGAUGAAGGAGCUCUGCUUUUAUUUAGUGGUGGAGAGACUCGGAAAGAUGCUGGUCCUCGUAGUGAAGCACAGAGUUAUUGGGCUGUGGCCGAAUCGAAGGGCUGGUUUGGCAAGCAAAAAGAUGUAAGAUGGAGGUCACUGACAGAAGAGCAUGCAAGGGACAGUUUUGAGAACCUUCUAUUUAGUGUGUGCAGGUUCCGGGAACUUACUGGUGUAUAUCCACAUAACAUUACUGUCGUGAGUUAUGAUUUCAAGGAACAGAGGUUUGCUCACCUACACAGAUUUGCAAUUGGGUUUCCAGAGGAAAGGUUCUUCUUUUCUGGAACACCAACUUCAUCAACAUCAAAGGAGGCAGCAGUCAAAGGUGAAGCAAUGGCAAGGGCUCAGUUCCAGGAAGAUCCAUAUGGCUGUUUGGGUUCUCUUCGCCUUAAGAAACUCAGGCGUGAUCCGUUCCAUCGAUCAAUCCCUUACCCUAAUGGAUGUCCUGAGCUAGAAGGAUUAUUCAGAUACUGUGGUGUAGCUCCUUAUCCAGGAACCCUUCCUUGGGCUCAAUAAAUGUAACAUUAACCUUUUUCUCUCUCCCAUUGAUCCAUAAGAUGGGAAAGGCAUCCUAACCAUUACACCACAUGGGCUUUAAAGAUAAUAAGCACUCAGUUUCUCCAUCUUUCUUCUCUUUUCCAUCUACUAAUACUAUAGGAGGACAAAGCAGAUGAAGUUUCUUACUGAGCUGAUUGUUGCAGAGAGAUUAUUGUUGAGGAAAUUUGAGCUCGUCCUUGUUAUUGAAACAAACUUACCAUCAAUAUAUAACAUCAGUGAUCCUUUGAACUUUGGGCUUGUAAGGAAUCUCAAAAAAUUGUUUAUUUUUUCUUGGUUGAAA